AUGUUCGGGCGUCGCUUCGGUGCGCAACCAAUGCCUGUGGCUGCAGUGUGGAAGUCUCCAACCUGGCCAUUUAUUAUAGCGGGCAUGCCGUUAUGUGUUCUUUUAGUUAUAUUGGGAUUCCUAUUUAUUCGGCUGCCGGCUAUCCCAGAGGAUCAGCGGCAGUUUGUUAAGCUACCAAGAAAUUUGGAUGACUUAAAAUCGCUCGGAUCCACGCUAUCCGUCUAUAAGGGUACCUGCUACUGGCGAAUUCUCAUAGCAAUCACCUUUGUCUACAUACUCAUGCAGUCUUUCAUGAUCCCGGGCUCCGUCUUCUGUAGUGUUCUUCUUGGAUUUCUAUUCCCUAUUCCACUGGCACUAUUUGUUAUAGCCUUUUGUUCGGCUGUUGGUGCUUCAUGCUGUUAUGUCAUAGCUAAUUUCAUUGGAAGUAAAACUAUAUUGAAACUUUACCCCGAACAUGUCAUGUCAUGCCAAAUGAUGAUGAGCCGGUUCAAGAACACAAUGUGUUUUGCCAUAAUUCUCUUUCGUCUAAGCCCGAUCAUCCCCAAUUGGCUGGUAAACAUCUGCUCACCUUUGCUUGGUGUGCCCUUAUUGGAUUUCUUCCUUGGCACAUUCAUCGGUGUCGUGCCGCUGUCAUUGUUUUUUGUCAAAGCCGGAACAAUGUUACAGGAGUUAACCGACAUUGGUGUAACAUCUGUAGCCUCUGUUUCCACUCUGGUCAUAUUCGCUGUGAUCUCUCUCGUACCGUUUAUCUUUCAGGAGCAAAUCAGGCGAGCACUUUCAAGUUAA